GUCGCCCAGGAGAGACAACAAAGCGUGAGCGUUCGUGCGUGUGCGUGAGGAACGUGUUCUUUUUUGUUGUUUGUGUAUGUGUUAGUGCGCGGACCCCGUGGAUUAUCUCAAACACAAGGUUUUCUCCCCGUGAUAUGUCCGUCAGACGGUGGUGGGGCGCCGGGCUGCGACCAACACAUCCGCCAGCAGCCGCUUUUGAUUCCGUUCGAGCCAACGCCGAUCUCUCUCUCUCUUACUGUUUUAUGGAUAUUCUUCGUAGACUGUAGCGAACCGAUUGUUGUUUUUUUUCCUCCUUUUCGGGGUGUUUAUUUAUUAUUCGAACGCUCGGUGACAUGUGAUCUUUCGACACCAUAAAUUUACGUGUUGAAUAGCAUUAAAAAGAACAGCGGUGUAGAUUGGUGUUGGAUUAUUCCGGAUCCGUGUGGGAACGGCUAAAAGACUGCUCCCGCUACGAAUUUUUCUCGAGCGGUUCGAACAGGAAAACACUUAAGCACGAAAGAACAAAAAAAAAGUGGAAUUCCAUGGAAUUGGUUUAGUCACCUGAUGACAAAGACGCCGAUGGUUUUACUGGAAAUCUCACACAGGUGAAUCCCGAUCGCCAUUUAUAUGUAUCUCAACGUCAAUUUGGCUACCAAUGCUUCCGGCGGAGGUGGCGGAAACGACUCGUCAUCGACAGCCGCCGGCUCCUGCACCACUCCGCGUACUCCGGAGAUUCUCAACCUGCUGGCCGGAGCUCCAUUCGACAAUGUCCCCUCUUACGGAAGCGCAGGAGGACGCUACGGAUCUGCCGCUAACGUUGGCAAUGCUUCUGGCUCUUCGUCUUUCACGUAUUUUCAGUCUUCCUCCUCCACAUUGGGAAGUGCAGGAGUCUCGGCUGGCCUUCCAGCUUCAACCCCGGGCGACGGGCCAUCAUCACCGGGGGAGCACGCCUCCUCCUCCUUCUCCUCUUUUUCAUCAUUGUGUUCAUCGCCGGCUACCCCUUCUACUCCGCCAGCCGGUGGUCCACCGUCUAUCCAGAACACACGAACGUACUUAAUUAAGGAAGGACUGAAACUAACGAUCCAAAGCAAGCGAUUGGCUUCCGGUCGGGGUUCUCUCGAAUCCGAUCAGCACGGCCAUUUGCCCUUAAAAGAUGAGCUGACGACCGAAGACGAAGAACGCCGUCGGAGGAGGCGUGAGCGGAACAAAGUUGCCGCUACCAAAUGUCGCAACCGCAAAAAGGAGCGGACGGGCAUCCUUAUGCAGGAAUCGGAUGCUUUGGAGGAUCAAAAUGUCAACUUUCGUUCCGAAAUCCAGCGACUGGAGGCGGAAAAGCGUCGGCUGAUGGAUGUGCUGGCCAUGCAUUCGCCCACUUGUCUGAAAACAGCCGGCGGAAACCAGCGCCCAAGCGGUGGUUCCUCGUCUGACUUUAUACAGCACAGUUCCAGCAAUACCAGCGGCGCCCAGGUAGGAACGCGAGGUGCUGAAUCAGUUGUUUCGUUCGAUAACCAGGUUACUGUUCCUACGGAUCAGGCUUACAUUAUGUCAGGUGGCCUGUCCUCUUCCAAUUAUGGGCCAAUGUAUGACUGUAACAGAUCGAGUUCAGAAAAUGCUGCCAUGGCCGCCAACAUUCCUCAUCAUCACCACCUCUCUUCAACUUACGAUGUUUCUUCCGAAGCAUCUUCCAAUUAUAGCAACAACAACAAUGGUGGCGGCGAAGUUGCUUCCUCGUACAAUAGUCAAGUUAAUAUGCUUCAACAACGGGGUCCUUACAGCGGUGGAGAUAAUAAUAUGCCCGGCCAGAGUUAUCGUUGAAUGAUACGAAAGGUGCAAAAUACCUAGUACUACGUGCCAUCCUUUUGUAUACUGUCCCUUAACGAUAUGAACUGUUUCGCUUCUCAUGUCAAUCAACAAAAAAAGUUGGGACCAACUAAAUCAUUUCAUGACGUGUAUUUAUCCAGUGAGUGUUGGGUCAUUGUUUUCAAAAUUGUUCAAUAUUUUUCCCCCUUUUUUUUAUCUCCUUAUGUAAAGAAUAAAGGUUGAAUAGGUCUUUUUCUUGAAGAAAAAGAAAAAAAAAAGGAAGUCGUUUAAAAAGUUGUGGUCGACAUCUUCUAUUUUCUUUAUUAAAGAAAAUUAGAGGGAAAUGGACAACAAAAUUUAUUCUCCUAUUCUACGCCUGUGCCUUAUCCAAGAAUUCACAUAUCUCGUGUGCGUUUCUUGCGACUGUUUCUAACGUUGACGGUGUUAACAAAGAUAAACAAUGGCUUCAUGUCGUGCCCAGUGUAACCUUUUAAAAAGGUAUUUCC